CCCGUAUGAAAUUCAUCACCAAAUGAGCAUUUGAUGCCCAUGUUCUCUUCAUGUCCACUUAACCUUGUGCAAUUGUGCCUAUAAAAAUCCGUUCUCUCCUUUCCCCUCCUCUUCCCUGACUUCUUACCCACAUAAAUAGAAAAAUAAAACAGAGUUCUUUCAAUUUCCUUUCUCAUUUGUCCAAAAAAGCUAAAAACUAGUAAUUGAUUGCUUAUCAAUGCCACAAAUGUCCAUUUGAGAGGGCUUUUGAGCACUAUAUAUAUAUAAUUAUUUUUCCACUAUAAGGUAUGAUAUUGUGAGAGUGAUUGAUGUUGUAAUCUUUCAAUAAAAAGUGAAGGUUGAGAGUGAGGAAGGGAAAGAGAGAGAUAUCUCUAGAGACAAGUCUCUCUUUUAUAUUGAACCCCUCCCUUUAUUUUAACUUCUCAAAUUAUAUUGAUACCCACUUCCAACCCCCAACUUUCCUUUUCAAAAGAUUCACAAGAGAAAUGUUAAAUUGUUGUAGGAGAUGGAAUCAAACACAUGGGAUGGGUAUGUGGAUUGGAAGAAGAAACCUGCUGUUAAAGGUCAUCAUGGUGGCAUGCUUGCUGCCUCCUUUGUCUUAGUGGUGGAGGUGAUGGAAAACUUGGCAUAUCUGGCAAAUGCAAGCAACUUGGUGUUGUACUUGAUAAAUCACAUGCACUUUUCUCCGUCAAAAGCGGCAAAUCAUGUCACAGAUUUCAUGGGGACUGCUUUUCUGCUAGCUCUUCUUGGUGGCUUCCUUUCUGAUGCUUUCUUCACCACUUAUCAAAUCUACCUCAUCAGUGCCCUUAUUGAGUUCUUGGGUCUCGUGGUACUGACGGUACAAGCCCGUUCAUCAUCCCUAAAACCACCCGAAUGCAACCCAACAGGAGCCACGGUCCCAUGUCAACAAGUCAAUGGCCCGAAAGCUGCAAUGCUAUUUUUAGGCCUUUAUUUAGUCGCGUUAGGUGUAGGAGGCAUAAAAGGAUCUCUACCAUCACACGGGGCGGAACAGUUUGAUGACAAUACUAUAAAAGGAAGAAAACAACGUUCGACGUUUUUCAACUACUUUGUAUGUUGUCUUGCGAUUGGUGCCCUCAUCGCGGUCACUUUCGUGGUUUGGGUUGAAGACAAUAAAGGAUGGGAAUGGGGUUUCGGAAUUUCUACAUUGACUAUUAUAUUGUCGAUCCCGGUGUUCUUAGCUGGUUCACGAUUUUAUAGAAACAAAAUCCCUAGUGGAAGCCCUCUCACGACUAUUUUUAAGGUAUUGAUUGGAGCCGUUUUAAACAAUUGCAUCGCGAGAAGUCCAAGCAACGCGAUAGUGAGCAUGUCAUUGUCGCCAAAUGAUACCGACCAACAACAACAAACAGUCACUAAAGACCUCCAAGAAAUCGAAACCCCGUCUUCAAGUCUCAAAUUCUUAAACAAUGCGGCCGUCAACAAACCAGCCUACACUUUUCUCCAAUGCUCGGUUAAACAAGUCGAAGAUGUCAAAAUCGUCUUAAAAGUACUCCCAAUAUUUGGUUGCACCAUUAUGCUUAAUUGUUGUCUAGCCCAACUAUCCACAUUUUCGGUCCAACAAGCUUCCACUAUGGACCGAAAGAUUGGGUCACUAAAAGUCCCGGCUGCCUCCCUCCCUGUUUUUCCUGUUAUGUUCAUCAUUUUUCUUGCUCCAAUCUACGACCAUAUCAUAAUCCCAUUUGCUCGAAAAGCCACAAAAUCUGAAAUGGGUGUGUCACAUUUGCAAAGAAUAGGAAUUGGGCUACUUCUUUCGAUAAUGGCUAUGGCUGUGGCAGCUCUAGUUGAGAUCAAACGCAAACGGGUUGUCACAAGAACUUCACUCGACCCAAAAGAGCCAUUACCAAUAUCGUUUCUAUGGAUUGCUUUUCAGUACUUGUUUCUUGGGUCAGCUGAUCUUUUCACAUUGGCUGGACUAAUGGAAUUUUUUUUCACUGAAGCACCAGCUAACAUGAAGUCUUUAGCCACCUCGUUAUCGUUUGCAUCGUUGGCAAUGGGGUAUUAUUUGAGCACGGUGAUCGUGUCAAUCGUGAACAGCACAACGGGAAGCUCCGGCAACCGUGGAUGGUUGUCCGGAGAGAACUUAAAUCAUUAUCAUUUGGAGAGGUUUUACUGGUUGAUGUGUGCUUUGAGUGCACUUAAUUUUCUUCAUUACAUGUUUUGGGCUAACCGGUACAAAUACCAAUCUAGAGGGGCUAGAGGGUAGACUAUGGAAAAGUUGAAGGUGUAUUGAGGAAACUGAGACAAAGUCAGCUUCAGAUAUGAUUUACAUUUUCAGCAAAGGAUGGGUGGGGGGGAUAUCUCUAUAAAUAAUACUACGCUGCAAAUUAUAGUUUUACGUUAAA